UCAUCAUCUGAUUAGCUCUUUUCCUUCUCCUCUGUAGCAAUUAAUGAAAACGACCUAGAAAUCUCUCUCAUUCUAAUCUUUCCCUAUUCUCACACAAAACCUCCACUCUCAGAGAUGAAGGCCAUGAAAGGAAAGCUGUUGAAGAAACUCAAGACGGUCAAGGCCAUCGGCUACCUUAAGCCCGACACCAUCCUUGAGGUCAGCGGCUAUUUACACACUUCAGCUCGCCCCCCCUUGGCCGCCAUUGAAGAAUGCCCUAAUUCAACGGAUGACAAAGAGAAUGUCAGUCCAGAGGAAAACGAGAAUGUUGCUGAAUCGAAGCCGCAGAUCGGUGCGACGUCGUUUCGGCGGCCGGAUUUGUACUCGGGGAGCCUCUUCGAUCCGAAUCUCCUGGCGGCGUUCGAGCAGGCGGUGAUGGAGGUGAAGGCGAGAGAGGCCGAGAGAAGGAAGCGAAUUGAGGAAGACGGCGAAGAGGAACCGCCGCCUUCCAAGUCGAGAAGGAUCGAUCCGCUGGCGGGAUUCGAGGAGAGGUGCCCGCCGGGAGGGGGGGAGUCGGUGGUGCUGUACACGACGGGGCUGCGGGCGAUCCGGGAGACGUUCGAGGAUUGCCAGAAGACGAGAUCGCUGCUGGAGAAUCUGAGGGUGGUGUUUUUGGAGAGGGACGUGUCGAUGCACUGCGAGUAUAAGGAGGAGAUGUGGAGGAUUUUAGGGGGGAAAAUUGCGCCGCCGAGGUUGUUCAUCAAGGGGAGGUACAUCGGGGGAGCGGAGGAGGUGAUCGGGCUGCACGAGCAGGGGCGGCUGAAGCCGUUGAUGCAGGGGAUUCCGGUGGAUGAUGGGAGGCGAGGGUGCUGUGAAGGAUGCGUUGGAUUGAGGUUUAUUGUUUGUUUCAACUGCGACGGAAGCCGGAAAAUUAUGCCGGAGGGCGACGGGGAGGCUAUUGUUUGCAACGAGUGUAAUGAGAAUGGGCUCAUCGUUUGCCCCUUUUGCUGCUGAAUCCACAAAUUACUACACUACUACUAUUUGUUUGUUCAUUUUUGUAUAAUUCGGAUUCUUUUAUUCAUUGGCAAAAUUGGUAAGUUAUGUGUUGAUACUUUUCUAGUAUUUGAUUGCACUUCACAUGCAAUUCAUCUGUACUUUUGGUA